UACAGCUGUACGGCGUUGAGGCCGCUCAAUCGCAUUUUAAAAAGCCGGUCUGCCCAAAGCACCCGCGGGACUCGAAAGUAGUGCAGACUGCCAGACACAUAGCGGAACGGGACCCCGUCCAACAGGAACCUGUCAUGUUCCCAAUCUACUACGAACGACCGAGCGUCUGCCUGCAAAGCAAAGAGUCUAUGGUCAGCAGAGUUCUGUGGUGAAGGGUCUGCGUCCACCAGGAGCCGAAGAGAUGCUCGGCUGGCUGCUUGGUGGUUGACCUUCUCUCAGCUGCCCGAACUGUUCCCGCCUCACCCGGCCAGCAAAAUAGCCCAUCCUGGACAUUCUAUUUUCUUUGGAGAUUCACCCUUCAAUUUAUCCCUAAGAAAUGUCAAGGACAAUUGCUUGGUUUCCAGGCUUGAGGAUUGUGAAUUUCCAUCCCUCCAUCCCUCCUGCUUUCACAGUCCCAAGGAUCAGGCAUGAUCCGCUGGGUCCCCAGUGCAUCUCCUGGAACAGCCCACUCACCCUGGACGCCAAGGAUUGUCCUUGAGGAGGAUGCAUGAGACAUUAUGGGCCAUGCGCUGUGUGUCUGCUCUCGGGGAACUGUCAUUAUUGACAAUAAGCGUUACCUGUUCAUCCAGAAACUUGGGGAGGGUGGGUUCAGCUAUGUGGACCUAGUGGAGGGGUUACAUGAUGGACACUUCUAUGCUCUGAAGCGAAUCCUGUGUCACGAGCAGCAAGACCAGGAGGAGGCCCAGAGAGAAGCAGACAUGCAUCACCUCUUCUAUCACCCCAAUAUCCUUCGCCUUGUGGCUUAUUGUCUGAAAGAGCGGGGAGCAAAGCAUGAGGCCUGGCUGCUUCUACCUUUCUACAAGAGAGGCACGCUGUGGAAUGAGAUAGAAAGGCUGAAGGACAAAGGCAACUUCCUGACUGAGGAUCAAAUCCUUUGGCUGCUGCUGGGUAUCUGCAGAGGCCUUGAGGCCAUUCAUGCCAAAGGUUAUGCCCACAGGGACCUGAAGCCCACCAAUAUCUUGCUUGGAGAUGAGGGGCAGCCAGUCUUAAUGGACUUAGGCUCCAUGAAUCAAGCACGUAUCCACGUAGAGGGUUCCCGACAGGCCCUGACCCUGCAGGACUGGGCAGCCCAGCGGUGCACCAUUUCCUACCGUGCCCCGGAGCUCUUCUCUGUGCAGAGCCAUUGUGUCAUCGAUGAGCGAACUGAUGUCUGGUCCCUAGGCUGUGUGCUUUAUGCCAUGAUGUUUGGGGAAGGUCCUUAUGACAUGGUGUUCCAGAAGGGUGACAGUGUGGCUCUUGCUGUGCAGAACCAACUUGUCAUCCCACAAAGUUCCAGACAUUCUUCAGCAAUGCGGCAGCUGCUGGCUUCCAUGAUGACUGUGGACCCCCAGCAGCGCCCUCACAUUCCUCUCCUUCUCAGUCAGUUGGAGGCUCAGCAGCCCUCAGCUCCUGGCCAGCACACUACCCAGAUCUGAAGAAACUAGUGGCCGCCUUGGGAGGACCGCCCCUUGUGCCUUGGAAAGAGGCUCUCGUUUCUUGUUGGAUCUCUGCCCGUUCUAUCAGGACUGCUCUUACAGUUGGGGAUGGAGGGUGGGGCCCAUUUCUCUGUCCUGCUCCUCAGUCCUCUUCUGCUCUUACCCCCAGUGCCCAGUCAGUGGGCCUGACUGGGGCUGGCCCAGGGCGAAACUGAGAAAAUGUGGUACAUGGCUCUGAGCUGGACUGCUGGGCUCACAUCAUGUUCAGCUUCCAAAUCUGGGAGCAGGAGAAUAAAGUGAAAGCAGGUUACUGUGGA